AUCGGUGCAAAUGCUGCGUGGAUCCAGCAGUGGGCAACACGACACAGGCUACAAGCUGCCGGAGCAACCAGGGCAGUCAUUCUCAAACAGCAAGGGCUUUUGGUUUCUAGCUGUCACAUACUUCCCUUCAUUUGGCGUCUUGUGUUUAUGUGACUCAAAAACAGCAGAGAAAUUAUUAUCUGAGAUUAAAUCAUUGGUAGAAAUGUACAUCCUGACCAUGAUCAUUUCUGAUUUUUGCACGAGUUGCUGGAAAUAUGGAGAAGUAUUAUAUUCAACGUAGUUUAAUGAAUUGGGAGAACCAGUAAUUGAAAAGGAUUUGUUUUUUUUUUCAUUUUAGGUUAGUUUUUCAGGGAUGGGCUUUCUACAUUCGCACAUGCUUCUACAGCUGCGGUGCUCUCUAUUUGUUGUUGUACUUUUCCCCCAAUGUGGUUAAAGGGAACGUGUAGCUAACUUCUUCACAUUUUCCAGCUCUGAUCUGCACAUUUGUCAAUGCAAAGUCAUUUUUUCUCUCAUCUCAAAGACAUUUGGUAGCAAUUAUCAUCGCCCAGCUGUGGUUACCCUGCAGACUGACAACAUGGUCGCUACGUCUCUGAAAAUGGUUUGAUUAAAAUGAGCCAAGGUCACGGUUCUCCAAACGUGAAACAUGUCGCCAGGCAAAAAAUGUCCAGCCUUUUUUUUUCAGUGAGAAUGUUUAUUCAGGCACCAGAACCAGGAAGAUUAGUAGAAAAUUUUAGUUGGAGUCUGCGUUUCCCAGACAUGUUUUCAUGAAGGAAACUUAGCUGAAAACAAGGAAGUUCUUGUCUGCUUAACUUUCCAAGAAAGUAUUUUUUGAUGCAGAGAUGCAACAGGCGUUUACUGCAGAUAGAAUAUAAUUACAGAACAUGAAAGACGACGACUUCUCUAGAGAAGAAGAGGAGAUGCAUUCCUUCGGAUGUGAACAAAGCGACAUAAUUUUGUUUUCAAAUGAAGCAGAGAGGACUUCAAGGCCUGGCUGUUGCAGAUGCCAAACUGCGUGGUUAUUGAGUCUGGCUGUGAAAGUGCUGUACAUAUUCUUUAGUUGUCUCAUCAUAGCUGUUGCUGUGCUGGCGUCUGUAGUGUUCAGAAAGGUUGACUCCAUUACUGAAGAUAUCAACGUGGCCCAAUCAUUCUAUGAUACAAAGAUUAGCUCCGUUCAGAUGAACAUUAAAGAGCUCGAUCAAAAAUCCAUAAGCAAAAACUGCUCUUCGUGCCACGAGGUCUCACAAUUUGCGCAAGAGAUUAUUGACUUGCAGAAAGAGUUUGAACAGAUUCAGCAGUUGCUUUUGGCACAAGAGCCUGUUCUGGAUGAGACUGUCCAAAAUCAUCUAACACUUUCAUCUGACAACAGAAGAAUCAAUAAGGAGAUUAUCCAUUAUUCAACAUCUAUUGAGCAGAUCAACCAAACAGUGGAAAGUGUUUCAGUGCAAGUAAAUGGCUUGCAAGUACUUGUAAAGGAACUCGAUGAGUUUAUGAGGAGACUGACCCAGGACCAGUACAAAGUCAGGAUUAGUGUACAACACAUUAACUUCACCACCAACCAGAAUACUUUAUGGCUUGAAGAAAUUCAAAGAAAAGCUGAUGAGGAAACCUUAAUAUUACAGAAGAUAGUGACAGACUUGCAGAACUCUACAAAAUUAUUUGGAGUUUUAAGGGCUUCAGUAAGCAAAAUGAAUGAGGUGGUCAAAGGUAUUCAGAGUACUCUGAGCACUGCACUCCAGAGGGUCUCUCAGAAUGCUGAGGUCAUGCAUGAUUUAAGCUUGCAACUACUUGUGGUACAUGAGCAGUUUGAAAACAUAUCCUCCUUCCUUGAUGACCAUGAAGAAAAUAUUCAGGACAUCCUUUAUCAUGCAAAAUAUUAUGAAAAUAGGACGGCUGAAAGGUUUGAAACCAUCAUGGGGCGGAUGGUUUCUCAUGAAACUGAAAUUAAUACCAUAUUGGCCAAUAUCAAUGCCACAAACAACCACGUGCAUAGUAUGAUAAAAUAUAUCAGUGAUGUGAGGACAUCUUGUUCGAGUGGGCUUGGAGCACAUUCAGAAGAACUUUACCAUUUCAACAAUUCUCUGACCGUUAUUCAGAGCGCCACUGAUAUGUUAAGGCAGCGGUAUAAUCUCUUAAGUGCAACAUUAAAUGGAGAAAUAAGCAAACUUGCUAUUGUAAUGGAAGAAAUGAAAAUUGUUGAUGCACAACAUGGAGAGGCAAUCAAAAACGUCACAAUUUUAAGAGGUUUGCCAGGUUUGCCGGGACCGAAAGGAAACAAAGGAGAUGCAGGGAUAAAAGGAAAUGUUGGACUUGUUGGACCGAGAGGUGACACAGGUGAACCAGGACCUGUAGGAAAACCGGGCGCAAGAGGUUUGAAUGGACCUCCUGGUGUUCAUGGAGAAAAAGGUUCAAAAGGUCCAGUAGGGGGACUUGGUCCUAAAGGAAAUAAAGGUAACUUAGGGAGGUCUGGUUUACGAGGCGAAGUUGGGCCUAAGGGAGAUAGAGGACCACCAGGACCACAAGGAAAUCCAGGACCACCUGGGCCCAAAGGACAAUCAGGAAUUAAAGGAGAUCCCGGAAUUCCAGGCCCACAGGGACUUAGGGGAGAAAGGGGGAAACCAGGCCCCCCAGGAUCUCAAGGACCGCCGGGUCCAUGACUGGAAGCACUUUAAUUUUCUUUUCAGCUGUUUAAACUUCCCGUAUGUCUAUUAUAUAAUUAUUCCUCAUGCUCAAUCACAAAGAAAAUCAGUCAUAUUUUGAUUUUAAUCAGAAACGAUUUGUGUUUAACUUUCUGAGGGAAUCAUAA